AUGAAAUAUUAGAAUGUAGAGAUAAGAGUACACCAAAACAAAACCGUUGUAUGCUUGAAGCUAUUCAUUGCUUUUAUUAUUCUAAGAUUUACAAAGAAAAACAUUUAUUUCAACAAUCAAUUUUAGAGAUCUUUCACUCG